AAACACCUUUUGAAGUUCACCGUUGCACGUUGAGAGAAAAACAAAAAUACAUAAAUGGAUUAAAUCAUAAAUUUUUCUAGUCGAUGAAUACAAUAGCCGAAUGUGACAUACCUAAGUAUCGCGGUAAACAGAAAACUAAUUUUUAUUUCAUUUGAUGAAACGAUGAGAAGCAAGCAGCAGAUGAAAGUUAUGAUCAUGGGAUUCGAUGUUACAUUCAAAUCUGUACUUUUCUUCGGAGCAAUUGUGGUGAUUGGUUUCCCACCUGGAUAUGCUUCAACUUCCACUUCGUCACUUUCGACACCUGCUCCUCUGAAAGACUCCUCCAAUAAUAACUCUCCACCGUAUUCAAUGUUGCACUUACUUUCCCCUGGAACUCAAAAUUAUGAAGUAAACACAGAAUGUGUUCCAAUACGUCCCAGUUUCGUAAUAGAUUCGUUACCAAAAAUUCUAUCGUUAGAUAUAUUCUCGCAAGCCGAUCCUUUUAAUUACUUUCUCACCAGAACAAAGAAAUUAACUGAUGAUGAAGUUCGAAGAAUUCAUUAUGAAGUGCAUUUUGCUUUAAAAAUGAAAAAACUUCACCAGUGCUACACGCCGUUCGCUAAAUUACUAUACUCGUUUUCACUAUGUUGGGUCUUUCUUUUGAAUGCUAAACCAUUCAUCAAAGAAAUUAAAAUUCAGCGUUCUGCAAACAUCGAUGGUUUCAAUUCUCUUCCUAACGAGGUCUCUUCGUCGUCCGAAUUAUCUGAGCUGUUUUCUUCCGAUAUUUUUUCCGAUCCUGAACCUCCUCUAAGUCUGUUUACCAAGAUAUUGAAUAUGCAAGAGAGAACAGUUGUCAACUCGAAGAACCAGUUACAAAAUUUCAUGCAGAAGUGGGCGGAUAAGAAAAUUAUUCCAUUUCCUCGGGUAUACAUUUCGUAUGCUGAUGCUGUUUUUAGAUUUUUGCGUACUGAAUCCGUUCUUGAAAAUUUGAAACUAGAUUUGGAUGAAAUUAAACGUAUAAUGAAUAAUUCUAUUCAAGAUUAUAAUCAUAAUGAUCCAGAUGAAUGAUAUACCUAUCGUCCAAUAUUUUCAUAGAAUAGUUGUUAUAGUGUUAUGAACCUGUAUACCUAAGUGUAUAAUAUGUACCUACAGGUUGCGCAGAAAUAUCGUGAACCCCUAAAAAAGUUUUCUGCUGAAUAAAACUUUCUUUGGGGUUCAUGAUAUUUUUGUGCACCCUGCACCUAUGAUAAUUCCUAUAGUACAUAUUUAGGGCGUCCAAAAAUAUCAUGUACCUACCCCAAAGAAAAUUAUUCAUUAAAUGAUCAACUGAAAACAUUUGGCAGAAAACUUUUUUAGGGGUACACGAUAUUUCUGCGCACCCUGUACAUCAGCACCUAAACCUAUAUUUUAAAUUAAGUCGUUAUAAUAGUUACUUGAACUUGAGAAAUCGAAUAAAAAUUUAAGAAUCAUUGAGAUAUAUUACCCUGCAUAAAAAUACUGAAUGUUGACUCAUUAAAAAACUAU